CUUCAACGCGCAGCUGACAUGCCGCUGAACAACACGGACAGAACUAGCGCUUUCUGGUGCAUCGUCAGACUUGCAUUCUCCCAUGUCGUUGAGGCAUCCCAUUGCCAUAAAUAACCUCGCAUCCAGUGCUCUUCCCAGUGCUCGACACUUGCUCACCACCACCCGCCUGACGCUCCGACCUGCCGCGCAGCACUACUUCAGCACCUCCCGAUCCCUCAACAUGGACCCCAAGCCCAUCACCAACACGCCUACUCCCCUGAGCUUCCGGGGGGCGUCGGGCAAGCCCGGUCUCCCGAAGAUGAAGGGGAAGCGGAUCCUGGUGAUCGGUGGCUCUGGCGGCGUGGGAUCCCACCUCGUGGACCGGUACGCGCAAGCGGGCGCGCACGUAAUCAUCGCGAGCCGCACGCCCGAGAAGGCGAGCGCGGCGCUCAAAGCCGCGCAAGCGCGCAACCCCGGCACGGACAUCUCCAGCAUGGCGGGAGACACAACCACGUUCGCGGGUGCCAAGGCGUUCGCGGACACGGUAUCUGCGACAGGGCAGGUCGACCACGUCGCGCUCGCCGUCGGCGGCUGGUGGUCGGGCGCGACGCUGUGGGAUGUGCCCCCGCACGUCGUUGACACGUUCUUCACAGGCGUGCCCACCGCCUACCUUGCCAACCUGCAGGCGUGGGCGCCACGCCUGCUGCGCGGCCAUGCUAUGAUUUGGAUCCUCGGCGGGAGCGGAUACAACCCCGUGCCAGGCUCGGGGCCGGUGUGCAUGGGCUCGGCGAGCUUGUUCAUGGCGCAGAGCGUGGUCGAGCGUGAAAUCGCCAUGACGGGCGCGCCGUUCCGCCUCUUUUCCCUCGCGAACGGGCCACUCAAUACGCGCCAGCGCGGAGCUCUCCACAGCAGCCCGAGCUUCCCGGACGCAGACGAGGUCGCUGACCUCUCACUCGCACUUAUGGAGCGCCAGGACGUGCUCAGUCACGGCCUCACUCUGCGUAAUCGCGACCACAUUAAGAUGUACUACGACCAGCUCGGCCUCACUCCGCACCGGUAAAGGAUGGCAGAAUGGAGAGAUUGUCCGCCGGAGAAUGUAUCUGAAUGAGCUGC